AUGUUGGUCUAUCUUGCUAAAAGUGAAGUUACGCUGAUUAGUUACACUGCAGAAGCUAAAGUUCCUCUUGCAAAGUCAGAGGGCGACUUAGCGGAAUUGUUGGAAAAUCCCUGUGCUGGACCGGAGGAUGGCCAGCUGCGAGCGGAGCCUCCCACCCAGACAAGGAGAGUGGAGAGAUUUGCUGCUAGGCAAGAAGAGAAAAUCUGGGCAGACUUUAAAAAAUUCUGGGUUUAAGCUGGUGCUUACAAACCUUUGAAAUCUGCGGGCGAAAGUCUCGUAGAGGAGCCUGAAGAUGAAAUAUUCUCACUUAUCGCCCAAGAGGCAGACUAUCUAGCUGACAAGCUGUGCAGUGAAAAAUCAGGUGCCUGUGCAGCCUGCUGCUCACCCAGGGCACGGAGGAGAUCAGCUGCUCACUUUGCAGAGCGAAGUAAGAUGACAGCACCAUUUUUUUCUUGUGUAAUCAAGAAUCGGCUGUUUUUCCUUCUUUCCACUGUAACACCCUCCGUAUUUUCUACUUUCAUCUUUAAAUGUGCACACACUCCCUAGUCUUAUUUUUGUCUUUUUAAGCUGCUUUCUAUUAAAGUAUUUUGAAUGAAAUCUGCAGAGCUUUGGUGAGAAUGUGAAGUUUAACAGGGAAUUGUCUAUUGACCUUAUUUCUGUGGGUUUUUUACCCUAAGGUAUUCGCCUCGGUUGUGCCGAUUUUCACAAAAUCGACAUCUGAUUGUGACAGAACUAGAGCACCUAAAAAACGAGGGUCCUGCUCAAGCAGGAAAAGAGAACAAAUGCAAUCACAAUAAACCUCUUUUUUUCGUCAUGUUCAUUCAUUUGUUUUAGCAGGUGAUCAAUGCGUGUGUAUUUCUGUGCUAGAAAAGAGUUUAGAGUUUUUAGCUAAGAGCUGCUGCUAAAUUUAUAUUGUUGCACUGAAGACAGUGAUGGGAAGCUUUCCAAAUAUUUAUCCUUUUAAAGGUGAGGUAACUUAAAGGCAUGUGUGUAGUUUCAUUUAAACAAGCUAUCCCUUUACAAUUUCCAUAUCAAUGUACUACUGAACACGAUAUAAAUGUUCACUGAACCUUAGCGGGACUGGUGUAAUAACUUUUUAAAAUUACUGUUUCUUGCUGAAGAAAUGUCAAAAAAACAAAAAAAUAUUUCCGAUAGGCUUCUUCCUUUCAUCAUUGGGGUGUUUGGUUUUUUUGUUUGUUUGUUUGGCUUGGUUUGUUUUUUGGGGGGGUCCAAAAUAUGUAUUAACCAGUAUAAAAUAUAAGUUCAUAUAUCCUCCCCAGAGCUGUGGCUUGUUUCAGGUUGUGGCUGGGUCCCCAGAAGAUGAAAUGUGAGAAUAAGUGCUGCAGCCUCUGCGAAAACACUUUGAAAAGACUUAAAACUACUGAAUUGGGGUUUGAAGGUAAUGAGGACAGUUCAUGUAAAAUAGUAUAAUGGUCUGGUAAAAUGUUUAGAGGAAAAGUAAUAUUUAUAACUAUUGUGUUUUUGUUGUUGUUGUUUUUUGUUUGUUUUUUACUAAAAUUAAGGACAUUACCUCUCCUACGGAUUUUGUAACCACCAAAUAAUACAAAGUGAUAAAUUGUAAUGGUUUAAAACAUUGGUCUAAAAUCUGUUAAUAUACGUCAUAUAACUGGAAAGUUUACUUAUAUAAUUUUACAAUAUUUAUACAAUUAAAACAAGAAUGCCGGCCGACCCUCAGCACAAAUUGUUACAUCUUCACAGAAGCAAUACUGAUUUACAACAGUUCAACAUCCCUACAUUUGUUACACGGGGAUUUGUUGUCUAGUGUUUAAUGUGUUUAAAAGGACUCUGAAGUUUUUCCUCAGCCUGGAUUAUUUUCUGCCUUUUCCUACUGACAGACCAAUUUUGCAGAAUACUUCGUCAAACUUAGAUCUGAGCAUCGCAAGGCAGCUAUACCAUGUAAAAUGGGAAUACCUUCAGGAUUUAAGGAAGACUGUCUUCACACUUAAUCCAAUUCAACACCAUCUUUCACGUAUAUGUAAACACUGAUUUUUAAAGUAACUUUGAAAUACGUGAACUCAUCCUGUAGCAUGGCGUUGAAAUGUCCAAUUUACACCAAAGCGGGGUCUUCAGUGUUGAUGUCAAACUCACCCCAAAGGCAAAACCUACAGCCUCAGCUGACUCCGUUUAAAGCCUGAAAGCAAAAAAAAAAUGUAUCUUAUUCAUACUGUCAUGUAAAAUUUAAUUGAAAGUUUUUAAUUCCCCUCUUAUUUCCAUUCUGUGGUAUCUGUUGAUUUUGUGAGUGGACUGAAAAGCACAAAGUGUAUUUAAAAAACAUAUACUGCAAAGUCAUGUAAAAGGAACUCAGGUGCUGGGAAUCUGUGUAGCUAUUUCAAAGUUGAGCUAAUUUUCAAAACGUUGCAAUCACCUUAUUUUUAAUUACAUUUUUUUUCUCUGCAUGUAAAAAUAUUUUUCCUUUCCCAGCAUCCUCUUUUUAUUGUUCAUCGUGAGAGACUCAUAAAAGCAACAAAGAAAAUUGAUUAUCCAGGAGACCAGCAGAGUGAGAGCAACCAAGCAUUAUUCAAAGAUCAAAAUAAACAAACCAGGAUGUCAAUAGAGAGUAAUUUGUGGGUGGUUUAUUCUUUUUUCCUUCUUUUUCUUUUUUCUUUUUAAUUAGAGGGAACUUACGUGUUGUCUGUAAUGACUGUUAAAUUAUUUCAGACAGGUAUGUUAGAGAUUUCUUCUCUGCCUUUCAAAAUUUUAGUGCUGUCUUGCCCUUUAUUGGAUAUUCCCUCAAAAUUGAUCGUGAUCAUGAUAUAAAAGAGAUGCUGACCACCUGACCGGGUCGUUUCACUGAGCAUCAAGUCCUCUAGUGCCAAGUUCGAUGCAUGUGUUCAGCCGCUGAAGUUUGUGUGGGUUUUGCUGAGAAAAUACAGCUAGAUCAUAGUAUUGACAUACAGCCCUCAGAAGGAAAGUCUGUCUCUAAACUCUAAUUUGCACAUUUACAUUCUGUCUUUGGGUUUCACAGUGAGAAACUACGGGAGGAUUUUUGUAUCUGUUCCUUUACACUCCGAUGAUGAGAUAGGGGCCAGAUUCAUCCCUGUAUCAUCUGGUGCUGCAGGCUUCUUCUGGUGUAACGGCUGCAGCUGGAGCAGUGCUGUGCUGUAGGACUUCUGAUAGGUGCUGCAAGCAGCCUGGGAAGGGCUCGGGGUAAAUGUUCGGAUGUUUCAGAAUUGCCUUAUUGAAGCAGAGACUGAGAAGCAAACUUAAAUUUUGCGAGAACCUUUGUGAAGGCAAACUCAUGCAGGUUCUGUAAAAAGUGCUGUGUCUGAGAAAAGAUUUAUACAUUUUUUCUUGUGUUAAUUAACAGAUUGGGUGAAUUAUAUGAUAUAAUAUGAUUAUGAUUUAAUUGAUAUGAUUAUGAUGUGAAUGAUAUGAUAUAAUAUGAUAUAUGAUAUGAUAUGAUAUAUGAUAUGAUAUAUGAUAUGAUGUGAUAAACUGCUUGGGAUCCCAAUUAUACAGAUAUUUAAAUGUCUGUCCACAGUUCAUCUCCUCAGUUCUCUUCAAGAGAUGAGCAUCUGAAAACCUAAAUGGAAAGCAGAAGAAACAUGUCUUGACUUCAGCCCCUAUCUUUGCUCCCGCAUUUAUCUCACAUUGCUCUGAUGAGGUCAAAGGAUGGCAGAGAUGUAUCCAAAGGCACGAUCGAGCCUUUUAUCAAUGCAACAGAAAUGUAAAGGUGGUUUGUCAGACAGCAGGACCAGAUCCUUGCCCAGAGCAAGUAGCUUUAAUGUGUCGACUUGGGAUUGAGCUGUUACACUUGACUUGGGGUGACUGGGGGUCCCCGUUUCGUGAUGGCUGUUAAUGCAUUUGUUUAAAAUGUUUUAUUUCACUUUUCAUGCCAAAUAUGCUAGGAAAAGAGUGCUUUCCUUGUGACAGAUUUCAUUUCAAACGGGGCUUGUGCUGAAUGAGUUGAGGCCACUAAAUUCAUUUCACUGAGGAGCAGAGAGUGGAUGAAAUGAGAUCCUAAACAGGAAAGAUCAAUACUUUAUUUACUACAAUAAACCCUAAA